AUGGAUUCGAUGGACUCAAGCUUUCGCAAUAUUACAAGCAAUAGCUUUGGAGAUAAUAUCACCAUUAAUCAGAAUAAUAUACAAAAUCCGGCGGCAGACCAAACUGACCAGUGCCUGAAGGAUCUGAGGCUGACCGACCCCCGCGACGACAAAACACGUAUCCAACAGACAAAAGGGGGACUUCUAAAAGAGUCCUCCAGUUGGAUUUUCGAGAACGAGACUUUCAAACAGUGGCGCGAUGAUGAACAGAAUUCACUAUUUUGGAUCAAAGGAGAUCCGGGAAAGGGCAAGACAAUGCUGUUAUGCGCAAUUAUCGAUGAACUGGCGCCAGGAACGAAGUUGGCGAAGCCAAUGGAUAGGACAACUGAGACAUUUCUGUCUUACUUCUUCUGCCAGGGCACCGAUUCGCGCAUCAAUAACGCAACUGCUGUUUUGCGUAGCCUUAUUUACCUCAUCAUUAUCCAAGAGCGCUCGCUAAUCUCGCAUGUUCAGGAGAGGUAUAACCAUGCAGGAAAAGGCCUCUUCAUCGAUGCAAAUGCCAGGGUAGCUUUGUCCGACAUGCUUCUAAACAUUCUACGCGACCCAAAAGUUGGGGAUAUUGUGUUUGUUGUCGACGCACUAGACGAAUGCGAGACUGACUCAGAUGAGCUUUUGGAUUUUAUUACCAAAUACGCAUCAUUGCCUCGAGUCAAAUGGAUUAUAUCCAGUCGAAAUAACCUUAAUAUCCAACAAAAACUCGAGCCUUUCAUACGAAGUGGAAUACUUACUCUCGAGUUAAAAGCAAACGCGGAAACGGUAUCUAAUGCAGUGGAUAUAUAUAUUGGGCAUAGAAUUUCACGACUACGUUCAGUACAUCAUAACCAAGGUCAACGAGACGAACUUAGAGACGCUCUGAGGGAAAAAGCUAACGGAACAUUCUUAUGGGUAUCUCUCGUGAUGAAAGAGCUUGAAGAUGUUCAAAGCUGGGAGGUAACAGAAGUAGUGAAGGAGAUGCCAAUGGACUUGUCAGCAGUCUACAGACGAAUGAUCAGCCAGAUUCGACAUCAACGGCGAGGAAACGCAAAAUUCUGCUGGAAGAUACUUUCGACAAUUUUUACGGCAUAUUAUCCUCUCAACCUAGGCGAACUAGGAAUUCUCGCUGGAUUACCAAAUGAGAUUUCAGAACACUUCGAACGUAUUAAACAGCUUGUUACUAUGUGUGGCUCAUUUCUCACAAUUCGCGAAGGUACCAUAUAUUUUAUACAUCAGUCAGCAAAAGACUUUUUAUCAACAGAAGCGUUCCAGUCCGAUGCUGCUCAAAGACAUGCAGACAUCUUCGAGCAGUCAAUCACGGCCAUCUCGACAUUACCACAAAAUGUCUACGGCCUCCCAGAUUUUGGAUUUAGAUCAGAACAUACAUGGGCACCUGAACCGAGCCCAUUGGCACCAAUGAGAUACUCUUGCUUCUGCUGGAUUGGCCAUUUUUGCGAUGCAUAUGGUGCAAACCCCAAACCUGGAACUGGACUAGCACUCCAGGAGAAGUUAUGGUCGUUCUUGAAAGAUAACGUACUCCGCUGGUUAGAGAGUAUGAUUCUGCUCGGUGGCCUUGCAAAUGCUUUACGUUCUCUGCAAAAGAUGGCGCGAGAGCUACAGUUUGACGCAGAUUCUCAGCUGUCGGAAUUCCUACACAGCACAGAGAAAUUUAUAAUCAAUAACGGUCCGCUUAUUACUCGCGCCCCCUUGCAGGUAUAUGGCUCGGCACUGGUGUUCAGUCAGGCAUCAAGUGCCAUGAAUCAACAUCAAUGGAAGGAACGUCUGCCACUUAUUGAACAGGUAAAGGGAGUAAUUCAAACCAACAAUGCUCUCCUACAAACGCUCGAGGGUCAUGCCUCCACGGUUAGGGCCGUCUGUUUUUCUAUGGAUGGCAAGGCGAUCGCGUCAGGCAGCGAUAGCGGAACUGUACUAGUAUGGGAUGCGGCAACAGGUGCGAUCCUACAUACGUUUGCAGCUGGUUACCGUAAUAUACUGGCGAUUUCAUUCGCUCCUGACGGCGAAUCAGUCGUGUUUCUAUCCCAUGGAUACAGCGUCUUUGAGAAUUUUCUGAGUUUGGUUACUUUGUCACUAGACACCAAAACCCCGUCGCCACAGCUUGACAAUAGUGGCAUAAGAUCAAAUAGAGCGAUAGCGUGGGACGGUUCACGAAGGUUUAAUCACUCACCACGCGCCACGUUCUCGCUAGAUGGGCAGAUGCUGGCAAUAAUAGGAGGAUCAGAUCGCCCAAUAGAGUUGUGGAAUGUUGCAACAUGUUUGUGUUUAAGGGCAUUCCAAAAAGAUAAGACAGGUGCGCCGAUUUGGAGUUUGGCGUUCUCACCAGAUUCCAAGACAAUAGCAUCAGGGCACGAAAUUGCAACAGUGAGCUUAUGGGAUGUAGAAACUGGUGUCUGUUUUCGAAAGUUGGCGGCGUAUCCGGAUGAGAAUUUAACGAUAACUGCCAUCGCGUUCCAACUGGAUAGCAAAAAGCUGGUUUUCAGAAGUUGGGCGCCUUCCGAAAAUAUACAAGUGCUAGAUAUAGCAACAGGCAGAUCACAAGAGACUCAUAUAAGUCAUGACUGUCAGAUAUGCGCGAUUGCAUUCUCGCCAGACGGUAGGACGGUGGCAGUCGGAUCAGAAGAUGGUACAAUACAACUAUGGGACGUGGAUUUCGGCAUGCAGCCGUGGACGACCGGAGAUACGGCAAGACCAAAAGCGGAACCAACCAGAUCUAAAAUCAUUGAGCAGAUGGAAUUUUCGCCAGAUGGCAAGAUACUAGCAUUAUCUACUAUUUUUCCCAGCCGGGAAGAUGGCGUAAUUACGUUUUCACCAGAUGGCGGGACGCUUGCGUUAGGAUGCUGUGGAAUAUGCCUAUGGGAUGUGGCAACGGCUCGAGAAAUCCGCCACCCGACUCUUUCGGGAACCCAUUGCACAGCGAUCGCGUUCUCGCCCAAUGGAGAGGAAUUAGCAUCGAGCCUUGGUGGUUUUGAAAUACAGCUACAGAAUUUGGCAACAGGAGAGACUCAUAGGAGAUUCACCAGGGGGACGGAGAUGGUUAAUGCCAUCACUUUCUUCCCGGAAGGUAAAACGUUGGCAGCAGUGUACGAUUGUGGGCUCAUUCUAUUGUGGGAUACAGCUACAGGCACGUGUUUACAAGAACUCCGCACCGACCUUCCGUGGAGUGUUGAAUACACUUCUAUCAAGUAUUUACCCGAUGGGCCAUUUCUUUGCUUGAACCAACAAUACAUCAUAAAGCUUUCCCAGGAAAAUGAAGAACCCCCAGAACACGAUGCAUUACGCAUUGAUGAAGAGUGGAUAACCAAAAGUGGAAAAUCUCUUCUGUGGCUUCCUAGAGAAUACAGGUACAAUUCCGUGGCCAUACAAGGCAAUAUCGUCGCAAUUGCACACGAAUCGGGUAUAACAUUCAUACGGUUUCAUUCCCCAGCGCCAAAGGGACUAUAA